AUCAUGGAGCCUAGAACUGCAGAAACGUUUUUUUUUUUUUAAAAAAAAAGUUAAUCCUACUAUUAAAUUAAGAAACUGUAUAUAUGUGCGCAUAUAUAUAAGCUGCUGGUUAGAUAAAAUGCUAGUCAGACGGUUAAAGAAUAAACAGCGUUUCAAGUUCCUAGAUGGUAUGAGGAAAACUUAAUUCUCUUUUUUCCUGUUGCAUAAGCAGAAAAAAUAUACCUGUUCAGAGACGGCUGUGAGAGAUGGUAGCGAAGCUUUGCUGCGUGUGCCCUGUCAGUGUACAUACAGACCCUCCGGGCUGUUACCUACGCUGGCUUACACAGGCUGCGGCCGUGGGUGUGGAAGUGGCUCCCAAAAGAGCUCUGAAAACUGAGGCGCAGACUGUUCAGUGACCGGCUGGAAGAGCUGGUCUGUCAUCUACCACAGAAAUAGUCAGCUGUGAAAGUGGCUAAUCGCAGUGAUCCCUAUCCUGAAUGGCCUUGAUACUUCUUCUGGGAUAUUAAUGUAAUUCAUUUCCAGGAGAAUAUUUAGUCCCUUGCAGGACUUAACCAGGCGUGCAAUAAUAUACUUAAGCCAGGUGGUAUUGUUGGCAUGUGUCUUACAGCAAAUUUCGUGUUCAGAGGCACACUAAGUUCAGGCAACUGUUCAAUGAGGAAAAAAAAUACCAAAAGAUACAAUGAGUAUUAACCUUAUUUUGAACUUUCUGAUAAUUUGCCAUGCAUUUAUUGAAGUGUUCUGAUUAAUAUCUCUAGGGGUAAGGUGUUAGUUGGGUAUUUGGGAUGAAUUUGGGGUUGCAUGAUAGUCUUUUGACUGAAUUGAUUUCAUUAAGUUAACAAGCUGGUUGGGGUAGCCGAGUCUGUUUGUUGUUGUAAGUCCGCUCCUGCAGUGGCAAUGAGGAAACGUUUCCGUUAGCACUGGGAAAUUCGAGGAUAACAUGAAACUUAAUGAAGUGAAACAGGAUUGCAUUUUGCUCAGAGUGAUUCUAUUAUGCCUCAGUUAGGGCCAUAUUAUUACUCACCUCAAAUCAUUAGCUGUUACUGUCUUUUGACGUGAUUUUUUUUAGCUAUAUAUUGCUCACUAUUUUAUGUGCUUCUUGUUUUAUAUUUUUUAACUUGCAUUAUACUUAAUUUUUACUUUUCCACCUUUUGCAACAGUGUAACAGAAGCUGUAUUUUAAUAGAAGGUUUCUCAGGGCUUCCCUUAGGGGUUUCUGUGUUAAUGCCUUUAAAAUUCAAUCAUUAACUUUUGCCUUAAACUCAGGUUGGACAGUGACGAUGAAAGUCGAUAUUGCACAGUGUGUAGAUUUAUUUUACAAAGCUUUACCUGAUACGUAAAGGGGGGAAACCUCAGAAACCUUCUUUUCCUCCAGCUUGCAUAUUCACUUCAGCUACAAGCUGUAUUUUGUUUACCUAACUGAAUGGCUUGCUACAGUAGAUCUCCUGACUGGAUUUGAUGGGUUGGUUCUUGCCCGUGACCGCGAGGAAGGGGCCUAGGAGACCCCCAGGGAUCCCUUCCAGAUCCGUAUUCCUGGGCCAAGAUCCUACAGACUGGGCACGGCGAGGGGGAAGAUUUUUCAGAUGUUUUGAUGCAAGUACAAUUGCUUCCUCAGGGGGAAAUUUGGCAUGUGUUUCCUUAGACAACCCUGCUUGCGUAAGCAGCCCCCUGCCACCCUCUGAGCUGUACUAGUACAACCAUUUGUGGGGCUGGUGGUGAACCGCAUCGGGGAACUGCCACAGGUUCAAAAACGCCUUUUCUUCUUUGGUUAUCGAUUACUUUUAACUCUGACCUGUCUGACUGUGUGGCUGCUGUGUCAGGGCUGAGAAGGUGGCCUGGGAGGAGGGCACGUGUGGCAGGGAGCAGGAGGUAAGGGCUGUUUCUGCCGGCAUCGCUGCUGCUGAAAGAAGUAAUUGCUUAUCAAAUUGUGGUCAGUAGUAGAUGACGUGUGGUUAUGGCAGCUGCUUGGAAAAUGUAGCUGAAUGCUCAGAUAUCUCAAUGCAGUUAGCUGUACACAUGAAGAAAUGAUAAUGUAUUUCUCUUGUAAUUCUGAGUUUUCACCUAAUGAUUUUGCUUUUGUGAUAUAUAGCUAUAAUUGCAUAAUUUCAGGAUAUAUUUCCUAUACUAUUUUCUCUUGCAGUAUGAGGGUUUCAAAAGCUCAUUUUUUUUCUGGAAAACAGACCUAGGCAUCAUAAGGGUAUGAGUUUUAUUAAUCAGAUUAUAUUCAGCUGGAUAGGUGGAUGCCUAAAAUUCUAAAAGGGAAGACUAAACCACCUCUAAGAUUGUGCCUCUAACCCUAGAAAGCAUAAUUGUCACCUGCAUGCAAUUUACUCUCUUCUACAUGUAAUGUUAAAUAUACCUUUGAAUGUAGCAUAGACUUGCUGUUAAAUUCUGACUGGCAGAAGUGAUUAGGCAAAUAGCACUGUUUUAAUCGGUAUGGUGAGUCUGAAAAAUCAGUGGAGCAUAAACUUUCUAUAAUCUGCUGUAACUUAUUUCAGCCUGGAGUGCAUUGAUGCUUUUGUGCAUUGUUUUAGGACUUGUUUUCAUUCUUACUGUAGACACUUUGUUUCUCUGUCGUGAUCCAACUGUAGCCAGAAGAAAAUGCAUUCAGCACAUCAACUUGUGUGUAUUUAGCGAAUGAUGGUAUGCUUUCUUGUUCACAGAACUUGAAGGAGUAAUUACUUGCUAUUACAGUCUUUAUUCAACAAGAAAAAAAAUCACAGAGUUUUUUUCUUUUAAUCUGAACCAAGAUACUGUAUUAGAGUUAAGAAAAAUGUUACCUUUAUUAUUUGUCCUGUGGUGGGACAGACUGCAGUCUGGAUUAAUAUCUUAGUCUAACGUAGACUUAAAAAAAAAUAAAAAUCUUCAUUUUUAUCCAUUCUAAGAGGUUUCUUGCCAGCAGCCUUAUGAGAGCCAAAUAUAUCUUUCAUGUGAUACGUUGUUGCCUGUGUUAAUUGACAUAUUGAGGUGUCUGCGAGCAGUAAAACUGCAAGCUACAGCUCCAGUAGGCUCUGGUAGGCUCCCAGCCUGGGGUAUGGGGAAAUUUGGAAAGGUGCAAUCCUUUAGAAGCAAAAUCAAAGACAUUCAGGCUAAUUGCUCAAUUUUUCUUCACUGAAAAUGAAGGUGUUUUCUAUUCAGCUUAUUGAGCUGCAAAGACAGUUUUGUUUUCUUCUCCGGAAGCUGCCUGCACUCGCUAUGAUGCGGUAAGUGGAAGAGCAUGUUGCCAACAGGACUACGUACCAAUUCAUCUGCUCUGGAUGAAGAUACCUGGAUCCAGACUGUCUUUUUCUGGAUUGUCCCCUUGUCUCUCUUUGGUUUGUAGGAUGCUGGGUGCAACUACACACAGGGCAAGCUAUAAUCUUCUGAGUACGAAAUCUUUGGAGUUAAGGUCCCUCAUCCUUCUAGUUUUGGAAGAAGCAUUCACCAUUUUCAGCACCGGAGGGCAGGGUGGUGCUGCAUGCCCAGCUGCGCAGGUGGCACCCACGGAGGUACAGAUCAGGAUCUCACACAAUGCUGCUAUAGCCAGGAGGCGCAGACAGUAUCUUUCUUUGCACUGUAAAGGCAAAAUCCAUCACUUCUGUCUCUGCAGCAUUUUAAGAUGUGCAGGCCCUUGAGGCAACGGAUCAUCGCUUCAGCAGCAAGACAAUUUAUUUAGUGGUAAGAUUAACCAGCAAUUUGUGGCAGACUUCUUCCCCAGAGCCUGAGGCAGCUGGGAGUUCUGGAACUGGCUCGAGGGAAUGAGACAAUAUAUUUUAUCAGUGAGUUGGGAUGAGUUUAGUCUUCAUCAGUAAAACUCUAUCAGUUACUUUGCAUACAAUACAAAAGCCAUUGAAUAGUAGUUUCUCAGCUGCAGUUCAAUGUUGGAGAAUUGCAGGUUAUCCACAAAGCAAGAUUCUUAGUGCUUUUCCUUGGGACUUAAAUGAAGUAGCACUUUUUGUUGUUGUUUGGUUUAUGUGUCAUAUUUGUUAGUUUGUGCUUGUUUCAUAUGAUGGCAUAAUGAAGUGAGAAGACAGUAAAUUAAGUGGUCUUUAGCGUUUGCUUUUAAAUAAUGUUACCUGUUUUCACUGAAGGAUUGUUGGUCUUUUUUUUUUUUUUUCUUUUCCCUUUUCUGGUGUUUUAUUGUAAGAUGGUUUUCUGGGCUUUGGUGUGAAUGCUGUCUCAGAGUGUCAGGUAAAUAACAGAGAAGAAUGACGCAGCUGUCUUUUUUCAUGUGUUGUAUGUCUGGUCUAUGUUGUGGAUGUAUCUCCACACUUGUAUGCACCAGGAAACAAGUUUGCAAGUUGAAGCAAAGUGUAAGUUGGGUAAUGGUGUUGAAGUGAAGGGAGUUAAAAUUAAUGUAAAAACAAUACAUCCGAGAUGAACUGGGCUCCUUUUACCAUUAAAAAUUAUUUUCUUUAACUGUUGUUGUCACAAGGAUCUGUUCUGUUUCUGGGGAAUAUUAUUCUUGAAUGCUUCUUGAAUGGUAAGUACGUUAGCUGCUGCCAGAGGAUCGUCAUAACUGUGUCCAGAAACAGUGGUAAUGUGGAGCUCUAGGCCAUAUGUGGAUAUUUAGUUAUAAUACACAUUAUUGCUCUUUUAACUCACUGGUAGGUUAUUUAUGGAGAACUAAUUUGACACCUUUUUCCUUCCAAGUUUUUUGUGCGAUCUGGGAGGGACUGGGAAUUAUAAAUUUUCCUUCUGCUAGAUGAGAGCUGGCCUGUGCUUGUCAAGAGAAAUGUCUCUUCUGGUCUUGACACUCGGCGAUACCAUCAAAAUGAUAUCCAUAGCUUGCCAAGAGACAUGACCAAACUUCUGGGAUUCCUCAGUUUGCCAGUGUCCUUGCCUACACACACCAUUCAUACUCCAUUUCUUCUGGGGUGACAGUGUAUCUAAUGUUUGAAAGCUUCUCUUGAAUCCAUUUUAAGCAUUAAGUAAGAGUGCAGAUGAAAAUAUGUUAAAAGCAAUUUCAGUUCUUGAUUGCAAAGUUGGAAGCAAAAUUCCAGAUAGGAGACAAAUAGAAGAAGAAACCAUUGUCUCUGAUAUUUAAAAAAUGUGUUUCCCAGUCAUUGCAGAAGAUCCUAGAGGCAAGUUUUGAGUACAAAAACUGAGAAGAUGUUUUGGCUAACAACCACCAAACUCUGGCAUCCCCUUUUCUGAAUAGGACCUGAAAGUAGUUUUAAAUUUGGGGAUUUAACUCCUCAUCCUCAGCAGGACAGUGCUGACCUCUUUCUCUCCCUUUGUUCAAGAUGGAAACAGUCUCCUGUCUUUCACUUAUUUUAAAUUCAAAGCUUCCUUCAGUUUCUGGAUUUCUCCCAAUGUGGAUGUGAUGACUCACAUUUCCCAGAUGUGAAAUGCAAAUGUGGGAAGUGGGAUCUUUCCCCUGCCUCUCUAGGGGUUUCUCAGAGUCUGUGGUGCUGUUGAAUUUCUUAAUUAACGUGCCUCUCCUGAUUCAAAUGAUUUUCCUGCGCACCACAGUGUUUUUGGGGCUGUUACAGUACUUAAUAAGUCAUGUCUUAGAGUGUUCAUUGUACACGCAUUUUAAACUUGGUUGGCUUUGAGAGCUUCUUGAAGACCACAUAAAACUUCCUAAUUUAGUCCAUUGAUAUAGGCAAAUACCUCCUCCUGCUGUCCAUUUUGGGGCUUAUCUUGUCAAGUUGUCACGUUUGACAGUAUCAAGCUCUUUCAACAGGGAGUGUUUGGAGCUUGUUCAGGCAACCUGCUGGUUGGUGCCCAGUUGAGAAGCUGGUAGUACAGGGCUGUGGGCUGCUUGUCUGUGCUCACUGUCCCAGUUCCUCUCUGCUCUGUCUUCAUUUGCUGAUCCUGUGAUGGACUACGUGAUCCCACAUGAAAUCAUGUGCAUUACUCGUAUGCUUCCCCCAAGGUACUGGGGUAUUUAGAUUGGUGAUUUCUUGGCUUUGUGUUUGUUCCUCUCCUUCAGAGACCCCUGUAAUCAGCCCUUCAAGCUCAUUGCCUUUGUUUCCCUAUAAAAGUCACUAAAAGAACAGGGAAAGGAAGAGCUGAAAUAAACAUCAAAACCAAAAUGGUUCCACUUUCCAGGCACGUGCCAGCUUCACCAUUCUGUCACUGAAAUGCCGCAUCCAGUCUCUGAGCUGUUGAGGUUGAAAUUUCCUGGGCCAGGGGCAUCAUGCUCAGCAUUGCCUAUACAGGCGUGGCUCAGCAUCAACGUUCAAGUAAUAUCCGUAGUUGGUUUUAAAAUGUGUUGCAGCACUGAACUUGGUGGGAGCAGGGGGGCUGCCUUUUUCAUCAUAGCGGCUAACUUCUGAGUUUGUAACCUUAAUGUUUUGAGUUGGCACUUAAGGAAUCGAUUUGAUGUGAUAUUCCCAUUUGAAUGUGCUUAUGUUGUUACACUUCUCAUUAGAAGCAGCUUUUCAUUUUUUUUUUUUUUUUUUUUAAAGAAAGAAACAUUUCUGGUAGUUCACAUUCUUUUUUAAGCAUUGCAGCCUUCCAGUUGAGAUCCUGCCACUUUGGAUAACAAACCACUGCCCAUCUCUUUUCACCAGAACCAUGUCCUGUGCUGCAACAUGUCCUGGAGAGUUCUCUCCCUAUGGACUGUAUCUGUUGGCAACCUUGCUUUCAUGCAAAUAUCCCCUUAAAUUACACUUUCUUCCAUAAAAGCUUGAAGGUUACACUAUCUGACCUGCUAAUAAACCAAUACUACUUGCUUUAGAUAAAGGCAAUAGACAUUUGGAAAGCUCCUGCAUGAAGCAUCUGCUGCCUGUUGGCUCCCUUUCUACCUCUUUGCUAAACUUCUGUAAUAGAGUUUCUUUACUUAAUUAGUCUGAAUGGUUCUUGGAGCAGCUAUAGCAUGAUAUCAGCAGUAGCAAGCAAAAGUGCCUUUUCUGAAGGGACUGGAAAAAAGUCGUCCCGUGGGCAGAGAGAAUAUUGAAAUGGAAAUCAGCUGAGCAAGAAGAGCCAGCUGAGAGGAGCAGCACUUCGAGUUCGGCACAAAGACCAGGUAAUUUCUCCACUUGAGCAAUAUUAAUGCAGUAGCAUCUGGGCCGUUUUGUAUAAAAGCUGUUUUCAUUAUUAAGUAUAGAAUUAAUAUAUUCUGUUACCUCAUCUAAAACAGUUCAGACUAUUUCUCUGUGCAUCCAAUUAAAAGUGUUCCAAAUAUUUUAUUUUGGAAAUGCAGAUGCCAUAAAAUACAAUUUGAUGACAGCAGAGAAAUUGGCAUUGGAUGAAAAAUGUACUGAAUAUGGCAUCACAGCUGAUCACAAAGGGCCCUCAAGCUCUCAGCAAAAUAUGCAAUUUGUGUCAUUAUGUACUGCAGGACCUGGCUUCCGCCCUAAAUAUAUGAAAAUCUCAUCAGUAAAAAUGGGAUCUAAUUGGAGAACAAUUGUAUUGGUCAAAUUUCAUUUUCGUUGUGCAAAUUGACAUGUGGCUGCAACGCAAAUUGGCAGGGCAAAAAAGCUUUGUAGCAGAGACAUCCCUGUGCAUCCCAGCCAGAGCCGGCUUCCUGUGGAAGCAAACACUGUUAUUUCUAUACCCCAUUCUUUAGCUCAGUGGUGCACAGCACAGAUGAGCAGUUACCAUCUUGGUUUGCUUAGGGAUCCAGAUGCAGAGUAUGCAGGGCAGCAGAGCAAGGCACCGCAAGAGAGAACGGGAAAUUUAGGACGAGCUGUGACUCAUCCCCUGUCUGAUCCACCUUCCUCUGCUCUUCAUGAAGCGAGUGUUUCAUCUCUUUCUUGCUCGUGGUCAGAGUUCAUUCUAUCAGCGUCCAUUUAAUUUAGCCUGGUGGGGUAGCAAGUUGGAAAGAAUAAAAAGAAUUAUCCCACACAGCUAGUUUAUUCUUAAUGAAGUUAACAGCGUGGAGAGUAAUCCUGGGGAGCUGCAACCCACGUGAUGUCAUUUUGCCUUUUACUUAUGAUGCACACCACACAGAAACAGCCUACACGAGACUGAUGGUAAAAUGGCACUUGUCAGAGUUUCCAAGUUCUGCUUGUUUGCCAGAGAAGGUGGGAUAACAAAAUUCUUCAAAUAAGAGCUCUUCAUGGGCGUCUCAGGUAUAUUGGCAGAGGUAUUUUGCAGAGGACUCCUUUAGCAGGCAACUUUACUCUUUUACUUUUAUCCAAAUGAGAAACUAAAUCUUGGGAGACAGUUGUGAAAACCUGCUACAUGAAGCUACUCCUUGAAAAUUAAACCAGUUAGUUUUAUUGCUCCUAGAGAAUAUAAGAAGCAUGUAUACGAUGUUGUUGAUGUAUCGAUGCCUCCUGACAGGGAAGGACUAUGCAGUUGGCACUGAAGCACUAAAUAACUGGGUUGGGAAAACAUGGGUCAAAAACUAGAGAAUGUGAAGGUGGCGACAGGCAGGAUAAUGUGUGAAACAAGUGGAUUUAGGGUGGCUGUGAAGGAGGAAAAGGAAAUCGGCUACCACUUGAGGACCGAUUGAAAGUUGGUUGGGAUUUUUUUUUCUUCAGGUGAAUUUGGAAGUUUGUAGUAAUUUAAUAUUUAUUAAAUGCAACCUGCCCUAAUGUGAAGUACCUGCUCAAGAAGAAAAACAAUCUAACAAUGCAGGAUUUAGAGCAUGCAACAGAGCUUUGCUCAGGAAGGUUCAUAGGCAGAUGUUAGCAACAUCUUUCAGGUGUUUUUCAGGCUACCGACAUACACAGGUGUCACUUAACUGGAAAUGGAAACUCAGCUCAGUGAGAGAUCUCUUAGCUGAGAAAUAGAUAUUAAUUUAAUUUGACCUUCAUUUUUGUUUAUCAGUUUUAAUGUGAAAUCAAAAUUAUCCUUUUGUUAUUAUGGUGUCAAUGAACUUACGGGUGAACUGACAGUUCCCUGUAACAACUGUUCUUUGGGAUACUACAGGUUAUUCCUUCAGGUAAUUCAGAAGAUGCAAUUUAAAUAAUGCUAUCAUAAUAAUUAUAGUUUGUUCCUUAGGUGAAGUGAAUUUCCAUUGUAAAUAGAAGAUGUUCUUUAAAAAAAUCACUACAGCCUGUUCUCUUUCAUGGGAAAAACUUAAUUUCACUUAGACGAGAUUUUAAAGAAUAUCAUCCUCUGUGUAUCAAGGUAUAAACAUUGGUUUUAAACAUAUUUUUUGUUGUCUGAUCAUUCUUGAAUUGCUUCUUUUGUCAUCCAUGUAAUAAGCUGUUUAAAGUGAAACUGCUCCCACUAAAAGGAUUAUUGAUAAUGGGAUCUAGUUAAGGGACAAUUACAAGGUUGGCUGGGAUAACAGGAUAACUGUUGAGUCCUCCUUUUAAGUCUAGUUUUUGGUUCUCAGGUUGACGUGUGGUGAGACUUUGACCAGACGAUGCUCAUAUAUGACUGUCCCGUCUGAACAGCUAGCAAAUGCAUUUCUUCACGAUGGCUCCUUGACCAGUAUUGUCAAUAAGGAAGCUGAGAUAGAGGAGCCAGGACUACUUUUUUAAAAAAAACCCAAAUUUCUCAUGACUCUAUGGGGGCAUGGUACCAGGUUGAAAGCCUAUACUUAUUUCUACAAUCUUUUCCUGAAUUUCUUAGCCAGGUGUUUGUUUUUAUAACCUUUCUAAUGCAGUGGUUCAAGAUGCUGUGAUAAAUGGCCUGCAGCUGGUCUGGAGGAUCGCAUGAAGCAGCAGAGCCUGUAUAGUUUGCUUCUGAAGUGUUUCCAUUUGCGAGUUUGCUAACAGGAGUGUUUGGGUGUUUUACAGGAGAUUCGGCAGGCUGGGCUGGUUCUCCGGUUGUGAAUGCUCUGAUGCUCUCAGCUGCUGUAAUUAGCACUGAGUUUAAUAAUAAGAAGAGAUGGAGCAUUUUUAUCAAUUCUUUUAUAACUAGUUCUUAGAUAAAUUUCUAGGGGUUUUUUCCUACAUAGUAUCAUCCUAUUUCUUUUUUCCCUUUUCAAGUCCUUUAAAAUUUCCCCUUUUAUGGGCUCUCUUAUCAUUGCUGUCUAACAUUUAACAAGAUGACUCCCUAACAUCUUGUACUGCUCCUCCGUAUGGGCUUUUUUCCUCUUUCCUUUACAGCUAUCUGCCUUUUCAGUGUAGCUGUUGAAGAGAAAAGACAAACAUGAUACAAUCUGGGGAAACUGGUUUCCUGUUUUUCUACAUACUGUCUCAUUACUCCUAAUGUAACCCAAACUUGUCUUCUGCAAACUUUCUGCCCUCCCCACUUACAGGUUAGUUUUCCUGCAGGAGGCACCUUUGGGUCCUUUGCUGCAGAGUCCUUGGUCUCGUGCUUUUUACAAGUUAAGCUAAUUCCAUGCUUCUUGUGGUCAGCUAUUUUUUCAAGCAUUCUCUCCAAUUACAUCUCCAUUCCUUAAACGUGAACGUAGGCAUGUUUGAACACUUCCUGUAAUAUUCUGCCUGCUGACAGCUCUGUGUGUCUAUGGAGCCGCAACGAUACAAGCUGAGGAGCUGUAUGGGAACACCAGAGAAAAUGAAAACGGAAAUUAACUUUUAAAGAAUUAAGAUAACCAGAAAUAUGGAGAGCAAAGUAUUUGAUGUUUCCUUCCCAGCUUAGUAGCUUCCCUGUUGUUGUUUUCUGAAGCUUGUGCGCAGUGACACAUAUAUAAGCCUCCUUGUACAGAGGUGUGUUCAUUGGUAUGUAUCUAUGGCUGUACUAUUUAUAUAUUAUUAUGCUUUUUUUAAUAGAGUAAAUGUGAUUUGUGCAAUGACUUCUCAGAAAUACCUAACCCUGUAAAGCAACAUUCAUCAGUAGCUGCUGUUGGAAGCCUGCUUCAGGAAACAGCAGAUGUCCUGUUUUUUGUCUUAACCUGUUGUCUUUCCAGUAUUUAGAGAUUUUUCUUCCAUUCCUGCUGGGGAUUAUAUUACCGCACCAUUGUAUAUACAGUAAUUAUAUAUUAUCAUUAUUAAAGGAAAAAUUAAUAGUGGCUUUGAAAUGAUAGUAGGGCUAUCUUAAUUUUAGAGUUCAAGGUUUCAGCUGAAAACCUCCCAAGAAGAAUAAUGGUUUCAGUGACAAUUUGCUCCCAUAUAGUGCGUAUUGUCCAUCAGAAGAGCAUGUAUGCCAUUAAGUAUCCUAAUAGCUUUGUUUCAGAACAUAAGCUUGUGUGAACAAAAGGAAAUAACCUGCCUUGCCUUUUCAUGCCUGAUUAGUUUUUGCAAACAAAUCUUGCAUAUUGAAGGAGAAGAUGAUGAAUUGACGCUAACAGCAGCCCUAGAACAUCAGAUAAAUAGAGACAAUCUUCUGGAUAGCUUGUUCUGUAGGUACAGAAUUUGUUUUCUAGAAUAGUCAUCUUCUUCCCCUUUAGAAAGCACUUGUGUAAGAUUCACAUCUUGAAAAUUAACAGUGAAAAAUAUUUUUCCAUGUGAAUUGUCAAAAACCCAACAGUGCUACUCAGGCUCUGGACACUUCAAGAUAGCGGAAAAAAGGUGUCUUUAAGUGCAGUUUCCUCAUUUUACUAAAACCCAGCCAGGAACCUCAAGGACAUUAUAAACCAAAUUAGUUUUGCAUAACUAAUAAGUCUUUUCCGUAAACGGAAGGGCUGUAAAGAUGACAACUGCGAAAGAGCUCAAAGUACAAGUACGUUUUCUGGAAGUACAUCAGGUGAGGGCAUAUCAGUGUCCCAUGCUCCUGCCUCCUGCUUUCGUGGCUUCCCCUCUGCCGAGGAGCGUCUGAGCGCUGGGUGGCAGCUCUGCUGGGACGCCACAGAACGGUUGCCGGUACUUCUGCCAGGGAUGUACGCUGGAACCGGUGUCCAUCUGCACUGAUUUCUUAUCAGGGAUGAGACACAAAAACUAGCAGCAGCCACAGCUUUUGGGUGGCCUUUGGCACUUCCAGAUGUGUGCAGGAAGACGUGUCUCCAUAGGCUUCCUGUUUAUCCAGGCACAGCUGCACUGUCGGUGCCUGAGUGCUCCUGGGGUGCCCGAUAACCUCCCGAUUCUCUCUGGAGGGAUCAGAAAAGCAUUUAUUUGGUAUCUCCCUUGCCAGGUCAUCUCCAAACUAAUCUGAGAGGUGGAUUUUUGGAUGCUUAUCGCCAAAGUAGAAUCUGGGGUGCGGAAUCUGUAGAAGAAGGGGACAGUAGUGAUUUUCACAGACUGACUGUGUAACGGUCUGAGAAAAAAUGCCCUACUCCUGCAUGUCCCAUGGCAGCUUUGCGGUGGUAUUCUUUCUCAGGGCAAGACUUUCCUGAAGAUGGAAAAAUUAAUAUACCAGAUGUAGGAAAAGUGUCAGCUGAAGACCACUUUGAGAAGGGUGAAGAAAGAUAUUAAACCGGAGACAGUGAUGGUAGCAUGCCCUCGCCCCCAGCGGCAUGGCUGUUGGCUAUCAGUCAAUUAGUAGCGUUCCCUUUUCGGGGAGAAAAUACAUGUUUGAUGGAACGUGCGAGACCAGAACCUUGCUAAGGGAGUGCGUGCUGAUGGGCUCAGCUCAGAUUUCAGUAACAGCCGCGUACUCAAGGAAAGCGGUUGAGCCCUCUGUUAUUUUCAUCGCAGUGAAAAGUGAAACGAUGGCCAGUAACCCAUGUGCCAGGCAGCCCCGGCGCCCGCUCGGCGUGCCGGCCGGAGUCGGCCCCUGCCACUGAGGCGGGGAGGAGGGAGGAAUCGCCCCAGCCUGCACCAUGGCCUCGUCCCAGCGGGGCCGGCACCCCGGCCCUCCCGACGGAGGCUGGGGGUGGAUGAUCGUUGCCGGCUGCUUCCUUGUCACCAUCUGUACCAGGGCUGUGACGAGGUGCAUCUCCAUUUUUUUUGUAGAGUUCCAGGCAUACUUUGGGCAGGAUUAUGCCAGAACGGCUUGGAUCCAUUCCAUUGUCGACUGUGCUACGAUGCUCUGUGCCCCACUUGGGAGUUUAAUCAGUAAUCACGUAUCCUGCCAAGUUGGUAUCAUGCUAGGAGGCCUGCUUGCAUCUACUGGGCUAAUUUUGAGUUCAUUCGCCACCAGCCUGGAACACCUCUACUUAUCAUUAGGAGUCCUUACAGGACUUGGGUUUGCACUCUGUUACUCUCCAGCCAUCGCGAUGGUGGGCAAAUACUUCAACAAGAGAAAAGCGCUGGCGUAUGGAAUCGCCAUGUCAGGAAGUGGAAUCGGUACCUUCAUCCUGGCCCCCGUGGUCCAGCUCUUAAUCGAGCAGUUUUCCUGGCGUGGAGCUUUACUCAUCCUGGGAGGUUUUGUUUUAAACCUCUGUGUCUGUGGCGCUUUGAUGCGGCCUAUUGCUCUUAAGGAGGACCGUAAAACUGCUCCUGAGUUUCUUGAACAGGAUUAUGUCUCCGAAGCACAGAAACGAGACCUAAAGCGAAUGUCCAUCUGUUCACCUUUAAUCAAAGUGUGGUCUCAUGAAUAUUUAUGCUACUGUUCAUGGAAGGAAUAUGACUUUUUAUUGAUGCCAGGCUUCAUGAUGCUGGCAGUGUCAGUUUUAUUUAUGGCAUAUGGCUGUAGCCCUCUCUUUGUCUACCUAGUGCCUUAUGCUUUGAGUGUCGGAGUGAGUCAUCACCAGGCUGCCUUCCUCAUGUCCAUACUCGGUGUCAUAGACAUCAUUGGUAAUAUCACCUUUGGAUGGCUAACAGACAGAAGGUGUCUGAAGAAGCACCGGCACUUUUGCUACCUCUUUGCUGUGGGAAUGGAUGGCCUCUGUUGUCUUUUCCUGCCAGUUCUCCAAAACUUCCCCUUGCUUGUGCCUUUCUCCUUUACCUUUGGCUACUUCGAUGGAGCCUAUGUAACGCUGAUUCCUGUCGUGACGGCAGAUGUAGUGGGAACUUCUUCCUUAUCAUCAGCACUGGGUGUUGUGUAUUUUCUGCAUGCCAUACCAUACCUAGUGAGCCCGCCUGUUGCAGGCUGGCUUGUGGACACAACUGGAAGCUAUACUGCAUCAUUCCUCUUGUGUGGAUUUUCUAUGAUAUUUAGUUCAACGUUACUGUGCUUUGCAAUACUAGCCAAGAAAAUCAAAAGAACACAUUUGCAGUCACUCAGCAAUGAUACUGGCACCAAACAGCACAUCUGGACAAAUGGAGCAAUAGCUUAUUCUGUCACAGCAGAAUUAGACCAAAAGGACGUUGAAUUUUUGGCUGUGGAUACAAACAGCUACAGCAACAGAUGACAAGUGCUGUUCGGGAUUCAGCACUGCACAGCCGUGACUGAGACGGAGGUGGCUUUGUAGUGUUACGCUGUUGAAGAUACUACUCCUGUGAAAUAAGGCACCUCUCAAUUAGAUUUUUCUGUUGUGUUUUAGUUGGCUAAAAUCUACGCACAGCAACAGCAAUGUCAAGUUAAUGCAGUAACAGAAGAAAGCUAGACUGAGAAUAGAGUUUGUAGAUACAAAUGUUCACAGAUUUAUUUGAAAGGCAGUAUGUCAAUUCCACAGGUAAUCUCGAAGAUUAUAAUUGGCUAUAAUCAAAAUAAAAUGAUAAAGUAAUCAGUCACUAAAACUGAACAAUAGAGUUUAAAUUAUUUAAAAAAUAGUAUUAAUGAAAUAAGCUUUUUGGUGUUCUGGUCUAUUAUGUCUCAAUGGACUAAUCACACACACCACCAAAAACCCUUCACAACUAUCAGUCUGCGGUCUGCAUUAAACUCUAACUUUCGAAUGCCAAAGCCUUUUUUUUUUUUUUUUUUUAAAUCUGGCAGGAAACUGAUUUAUGAUGAAAGAAUCUCUGGAGCAGCUUUAAUUUUUACAGUGUGCCUGAAUUUUGUACAUAAGUUGCAAUUUAAUUUCAAAUAUGGUUUUAGACCUACUUUCCCAAGCACCUUACAGCAAAAUUUUGAGGUGGUUGCUGCUUUCUUUUUUCUCCUGGUUAUCUUUAAAGCUUGAAUUUCUAAACAUUGACAUUCCAGGUAUGAUCCUCCAGCUGAUCUUUGUCUGGGAGGGUGGAAGAGGUGCUGUGGUUCCUCUACUAUCUGAAGAGGAGUAAAUCUGUGCCAGACUAAGCAUGCUGAUAGACAAACUUGCUUUAGCUGCAUUAGUUGGAAGAAGCCCAAAGGUGGCCCAGAAGACCAGAGGAGAGGCUCAUGUUAUUCCAAAUACAGACCCUCUUCCUCCUGUGAAAUCAGCUGUAGAAAAAAUUUAGAGUCUGUGCAAGCAAAUGACUGAGAAACUGCCCACUCCACAGGCUGUUAGUAAAGAGGAAUGUUGGCAAAGUUGCUUCUGCGUAUUCCAGUGGCAAGUCUGUCUCUUCUUGGAGCCAGGAGCUGCAUCUUCAGAUGGUGCAAAUUACUCGUUUGUGCCAACUGAAGAGCUUGUCCUGGAUGGCCAGAACACAACAGCUGGGAUUUGCCAAUGGUUUCAUGCUACUUGUGUGAGGAAUAUACUACAGCUGCCUGCUUCAUGGGAACUAUAGCCUCAAUGUAGUUCUACAGGGUAAAUUACUGAUGUGAUGAUUUAAUAAAUAACGGGAUGUUUCUACAUUUCCAGAGUGAAACCGGUGUCAGUGAUGGAGGAACUUCACAUUCUGCAAUGCAAAUCACUUCUGUGUUUUGAUGCUGUAUAAAGCUGCAUUCUGUUCAUUAGCAAAUUGAUCGGAGUCUAAAUAACUGUUAUCAAUGCUGAACUCGUAGUUUUGUUAAUCAUCUGCAGUGUAUUCAGUGAUUACUCAUGGUGCCCUAUUCCAGUCUGUGCCUCAGAAGGGAAAGCAAAAUAGACUGAUAUUCACAAAUUUGAUUUAGAUCAAGAGUACAGCCAUAGUGGUAUAAUGCACUUUUUAAUAUAUAUGAAUAGUAUGUAUAUCAAGUAGUUCUAUUACUCAUGCAUAUUUCAAAUAUAACAUAUUAAAAUUGUUUGACUUCAGUUGUCUGUGCUCAAACAAAGCAUUUUUCACUGCUGUGCUUCACAAGCGUGGUCAGAGCCAGUAGCAUGACUUACAUGCAUACACCACACAUUAAAAGAUGGGAAUGCAAAACUGCUUUAAACUAAUGCCAUUACCUUUUUUCAGCUCUGCAUGGCAAUUGAGUCCUGGGCCUUAACUUUGAUUUUUAACAUAUGGUCAUAAAAAACCACAAAAAUUAUCCAUGAGUAUUUCUUAAUGAGUUAGGGAAAAUAUGCAUAUUUGGGAGGAAAAAAAAGUUGGCUUUAUUAAUUAGUAGUGAUGAAGAUAUUGUUUUAACUUUUAAUGCAAAAGUUUAUAUCAAAAAGUAGGGAAUAUGUGAUCUACAAAGAAGAUAAGCUAUUCCAACAAGUUAUAAAUUAUCACUGUCAUUUACUUUAGAAAAAUGUAAUUAGUUUUUUUACACAUCAUGACAUGUCAGCAGUUGUUCAUGCCAGAACUGCAUAUUAUAAAAGCCCAUUGGAAUAAUACUAUAUGCAUUUUAUCCUAGUAAACAAUACUGUGUAAUACAUUAUUAGCAUUUUUGAAUUUUCUUUAUUUCGAGAUAUUUUUCAUAGGCUUUUGUUUUGUGUUUAACUUACAAUUAAGGCAGUAUUUCUUGUUUUAAGUAUCUAAUUCAGCAGAAAACAUUCAACUGGUUUUAUACACAGACCUUUUGUAGAAAAUGAUAGAAUUAUUUCAGGGUUUUCUAACACUGUUUCUGCUCUGAAUUAAGCCAAUGGACAAAAGCUUAUAUACCAGAAUGAUGCUUUCUAUGCAUAAAACACACUGUGAAAUAUCAGCCUGUCAUGAAUCUCCCUAGCUCAAAAACAGAAGGAAGGAAGCAUCGCAAGAAUUGACCUGCCAGUGGAAGAAAUGGGAAUACAAUCCAGGUUCUCAAAGCCUCAUGCCAAACUUCUACCCACUGGUCCACACAACCCAAACUGAACGCUCAUCUUCAUCCUGCCACAUGAAAUGUUUCAGGCAGCACGUUAUUGAAGUCUCUGGAUAAUACCAUUUUUUAAAAAAAAAAAUUAUUGUAUCUGCAAUGUUUUUUUCAGAGAUGAUAAUAUUCAGGCUGCUCUCCACAGAGGAUAUUUUCCAGCAAGGCAUGGUGCAGCAGUAAACAGAGAUAGCUGGGCUAGCCGUGAGCAAUUUCCCUGGCUAACGCUGCAUGUUCCCACCAGCCCUGUUGAGCACUGAUGGAUACGAGCUUGAAUGGAGUGCUGCACCGCUGAGCCUGUCUGGCUUCUUGGGACAGCGUGGUCUGACUUGGCUGGGGCAACGUCUGUCCAAGACAAAACCGGACGGAUCCUAUCUCAGAUGAAUCCUGCCUGGGAUAACACUCUUUUCCAUGCAGUGAAAGGGAAUUCAGUGUGAGUGAAACAGCUUACAGCUGCUGAAGUUAUCCCAUCUAUUUCCAUUCCAUAAGGUUUAAAAUGGGGGAAAUACUAAUUCUUCUGAAAUUACUUAUGUUCUAGUGAUAAUUUUUAUCAGAUCAGCUCUGGAACAUUUAACAAAUUGUACCUUGAAAAAUUGUGUGAAACAGCAUUGGAGAAGUAAAGUACCUUCUGUUGAAAAAUAACUGUUGUUUUCAGAAAAAAAGAGAAAAUGUUGAGCCUGAAACAUUUCUGCAUGCUUGGAUGAUAAUUUAUCUCCUGAAAAACAAAAGUUGUCUGUGCUACUAUACGGUGAAUAUAUUUUAUGUUGCCACAACAAUUCCUUAUUUGCUUUCUGAAGUGUUACAAAUUUACGUGGGAAGGAAGACCUUAAGUUAAGCUGUAACGGUACUUCAUGGUCAGCAUAACAAAGUCCUUAGUUGAGAUCACCUCAAUAAAUAAUACUUUCUUCUCAGUGA